CCCGAUUUGCAUGAAACUUUUCAAGCACUCCCCUUGGCGCACAUGUAUGAUGUAGCCUUUGUUUACCUGGGCACAGGAUGCUUUGAAAGGAGCUGGGCUUCAAAGUUCACACCCAAUCUGGGUAGCCCUUCGGAUGUGUCCGAAGGCGGCGUCUCUGGUGCACCUUGGUGCUGGAGUUGAAGAGCUCGGGGUGCUUCCGAACAGCAUUCGAUUUUGAGUAGAGUCACCCUACCGCAAUGGAGCCUAUCGUAAACCUGUAUGAAGAUGAGGACAUAGACGACGCUGAGGUGAGGGAGAUAGUGGUGGAUUACUUGGUGCACACGUGCUGCAAGGAGACGGCCCAGACGUUGGUGUCAGACGCGGGGCUUCCAGAUAUCGAAGAUCGGAUUCUGGACAUGGAGACAAGAAAACCAAUUUGCGAACACGUCCUUCGGGGGGACGUCUUGAAAGCGAUCGAGUUGACCAAUAAGGUGGCGGCGCACGUGCUCUCAGAAAACACCGACGUCUACUUUGAGCUCUUGGCGCUCCACUUCAUUGGGCUUGUGUCAGCAAAAGACAGCUUGGGAGCCCUACACUUCGCUCGAGAGCAGCUGAAGCCGUUUGGGAAGCAGGAGCGGUUUGUGGAGCGACUGCAGGACUGCAUGGCGCUAUUAGCGUACGAGGAACCUGAAAAGUCGCCCAUGUUUGACCUGCUCGAAGACGUGUACCGGGAACGGGUGGCAGAGCUGCUCAACGGCGCUCUUUUGGCGCACUGGCACAUGCCGGCCCAGGCGUCGGUCGAGAAGCUCAUACGGCAGGCGGUCGUCGUGCGAAAGGUCAUGCACCAAGAGAGAGUGCGGGAACACGUGCCCCCGUUCUCUCUUUCGGACUUCAUCAACCGGAAGUCAGUCCCGCGCUGAUGCCAGCUAGGGCCAAUACCACAGUAGGAAACAAUCAUGUUGACCUGAUUGAUGUACAGUUACCAAAGUAAAGCUGGUAUCACCAGUGCGUCGCACGCCUCAUAGAUCAUUGCAUAGGCCGAAACAUGCAGGUUAAUUCUAGAACGGUGCGAAGUCCCAAUGGGCGGUGACUCUACCUUACAGUACAGGCAGUCCCCCAAAAGUACCAACACCCCUAGGCUAGACUGAGCACGAAUAGGAGCUCGUAGAUUAAUCUCAUAUCGUGCAACAAGCUCGCAGUGUCCAACUGCAUGACCUGAUGGUGCUUUCGAGAAGCCGAAGGGUGCACGGUCAAGCAUGUGCUCAGAGCAGUAUGCGUUGCCAGGACUCUGUGGCACCGCUAGGCAUACUUUCGACAGAUUGGCAACCGGCCCUGCAUCCAUGAGGCUAGCACUGAGGCCAG